AUGACUGAUAUCACACCCGUGCAGAACGACGUGGAUGUCAAUGAUAGUAAUGUCAAUGGCGACGUUUCCAGUAAUCUAAAGAGGCCUAUGGAUCAGGCUCAGGAGGUGAACGGGGGUUCUUCUAAUGGGCUCGCAGAGGACGAGACCCCCGCCAACGACGAAUUGCAUCUCAAAAAGGCCAGACUGAAUGGAAACGCUCCAAUAUCUACGCCUGCUCAACUUGCAGAGAAUGGUAUUGAAGGCGCCACCUUGGCGGCUAAUGAGGAAAAUGGGUAUAUCGCCACCGCAGGUGGCGCAGAAAAGGAACAGCAUGGGUUAAAGAAAGAAGGAGGAGAGCAAGGUACCAAACAAGAGGAUGCAGAUGAAGAUUCAAAAGCAAAACUUCCGAUGGAGGCUCCAAAGGAACCUGCUCCUGCUCCUCCCCCAGAGCCUGAUAUGAACAAUCUCCCUCAAAAUCCAAUACCAAAGCACCAACAGAAACAUGCGUUACUAGCAAUUAAAGCCGUUAAGCGCUUGAAGGAUGCAAGACCCUUUCUACAACCUGUUGAUCCAGUGAAGUUGGAUAUUCCGUUUUACUUCAACUACAUAAAGAGGCCGAUGGAUUUGUCUACUAUAGAGAGAAAGUUGAAUGUAGGUGCAUAUGAAGUUCCGGAGCAAAUCACGGAAGAUUUCAAUCUAAUGGUCAACAACAGUAUUAGGUUCAACGGCCCAAAUGCAGGCAUAUCACAAAUGGCAAGAAACAUUCAGGCCUCUUUCGAAAAGCAUAUGCUGAAUAUGCCUGCCAAGGAUGCUCCACCUGUGAUAACCAAGGGACGGCGAUCCAGUGCCCAAGAAGAUGCCCCGAUUGUAAUUAGGCGAGCUCAAACUCAUAAUGGGAGGCCCAAAAGGACUAUACACCCACCGAAAUCAAAGGACAUCUAUCCUUAUGAAUCGAAGAAACCUAAGUCUAAAAGACUGCAGCAAGCAAUGAAAUUUUGUCAGGGAGUGCUAAAGGAAUUGACGGCAAAGAAACACGCUUCUUACAACUACCCGUUUUUGGAACCGGUAGACCCAGUUUCUAUGAAUUUGCCGACUUAUUUCGACUAUGUCAAAGAGCCAAUGGAUUUGGGUACAAUUGCCAAGAAAUUGAAUGACUGGGAGUAUCAGUCGAUGGAAGAUUUUGAGAGAGAUGUGAGGUUGGUAUUUAAAAACUGCUACACGUUUAAUCCGGAUGGCACAAUCGUUAAUAUGAUGGGUCAUCGUCUAGAAGAAGUUUUCAACUCCAAAUGGGCGGACAGACCUAAUUUGGACGACUACUAUUCCGAUGAAGAUUCGAGAAACCAAGCGGACUACGAUGAUUACGAAUCUGAAUACUCGGAGUCCGACAUCGAUGAAACUAUAAUCACAAAUCCAGCUAUACAGUAUUUGGAAGAACAACUUGCAAGGAUGAAAGUGGAAUUGCAACAAUUAAAAAAGCAAGAACUGGAGAAAAUAAGAAAGGAGAGGCGGUUAGCACGUGGAUCAAAGAAACGUGGCAAAAGAUCGAAGGGAAGGAGCGGCUCUAAGACCGCUUCUUCUAAAGGUAGGCGAGAUAAAAAGAAUAAACUGAAGACAGUAGUAUCGUACGAUAUGAAACGUAUUAUUACGGAGAGGAUCAAUGAUUUACCAACUUCCAAACUGGAAAAAGCAAUUGACAUAAUAAAGAAAUCCAUGCCCAAUAUCUCUGAAGACGAUGAAGUAGAACUUGACCUCGACACUUUGGAUAAUCACACCAUCUUAACAUUGUACAACACUUUCUUUAGACAGUAUGAAAGUUCCUCCGGUGCUUCUAACGGGUUGGACGGUACUUCAGGUAUUACUCGAGACACUUCGUCCUUGUCGCCUACGAGUGCGGGCAGCAGAAAGAGGAGAUCAAAGGCAUUAAGCCAAGAAGAGCAGAGUAGGCAGAUAGAAAAAAUAAAAAAUAAACUAGCUAUCCUUGACAGUGCUUCACCCUUGAGCCAAAACGGCUCCCCAGGCCAAGUUCGAAGCACCGCACACAAUGGGUUUUCCUCAUCUUCAGAUGACGAUGUUAGUAGUGAAAGUGAAGAAGAGUGA